AUGAUAGGCAACGGACCCACGUUUAGGGGUCUUUACGCGAUUCGGGUGGAGCUGCGUCGCCGAGCUUGCCUAACUGGGAAUCCGCGGGUCGGGCCGCUCGGCGACUUCGCGGUAGCCGCGUGGCUUUUGGGACACGCAGCCCGCUUUUACCAGUUGGCAUGCUCGCCCUUGAAGGCGUCCUUGAUCCAGGUCGUGACCUCCUCCGCCCACUCCUCGCCCUCGCCCGUCCCAAGCACCCAGUUCGGGCUGACAUGGUUAUGCCCCGCAGCAUUAAUCCACCCGACCUUCUUCCCAUGCACCCUGUUCUCGCCCUCGUCCAACGACUUCCUGAACAUCUCUCAGCUCCGCCAGAACGCCGCCGGCUCCUUCUCCGCCUCGACGAUCAGCAUCUCCGGCAGCUCCCCGAUCUGCUCGUCCUACAGCUUCCGGAACAGCGCCAGCGGCUCGCGCGUCAGCACGUCCACCGUGACGGGCACGAGCGUGCUGCGCGCCCUCGACCGCGAACGCGAACUGGGCCCGUAA